AUGAGUGACACCACCAGACAUGCCCCUCCACCACCACCACCAGAACAGUCAACAGAGCCACCGGGAGCAACAGUUGAACAGCCAGAGGCACCAGACCCAGACGCUGAGAUCCAGCCAGACUCAAAUGAACCGAGCGAUGUAGACUCGACGUUGGGCGACGACCUCUCCGUCACCAGCACAUCUCUGGCCUCCUCAAUAUACAACUACCCGUACGAACACGGCAGACGGUACCACGCCUACCGGCAAGGCGCGUACAGUCUGCCCAACGAUGAGGCAGAGCAAGCCCGGCUUGAUCUCCUGCACCACGUCUUCCGACUGACCUUGGAUGGACGACUCUUUCGUGCACCGAUCUUGGCGAGCCCGCAGCGGGUGCUCGACUUCGGCACCGGCACGGGGAUCUGGGCCGUUGAUUUUGCGGACAAUUUCCCCAUGGCCAUGGUCAUCGGCACUGACCUCAGCCCGAUCCAGCCGGACGUGGUGCCUCCGAACGUCAAGUUCUACGUCGACGACGUCGAGAGCGACUGGGUCGAGGCGGGCUCCGAGGACGAGCGGUACGACUUCAUCCACGGCCGCACCAUGGUCGGCAGCAUCAAGGACUGGGACCGGCUGUACCAGCAGGCGUUGCGGUCCUUGAAUCCGGGCGGGUGGCUGGAGAUGCAGGAGUACGAGACAUGGCUCAAGUCGGACGACGACCCAGACCUCGUCCGGGCGCCGUAUCUGAAACGGUGGCAGGACGAGGUGAACGAGGCCAGCAGGGUGUUCGGCAAGGACCUCGACGUGGCCAAGGAGCAGAAACAACGGCUGAUCGAUGCGGGAUUUACCGAUGUCCGAGACGAUGUCUACAAAGUCCCCGUCGGCUCGUGGCCGCGCGACCCCAAGCUCAAGGCCCUGGGAAAGUUCCAGCUGGUCCAGGUCUGUUCGGCCAUCGAGCCCUUCGCCCUGGGCUUCCUCACGCGGUACCGGGACUGGACCGAAGACGAAUGCCGCGUGCUCGUGGCGCACGUCGUGCGAGAGUUGCAGAACUCCCAGAACCACCUCUACGUCAACUUCCAUUUCGUCUACGGGCGGAAACCAGGAGCAUGUUAA